AUGCUCAAAUCCAUACCAGAGCAAGAUCGUCCCCAACCGCUCCCAAAGGACCCUUUUCUGUGGUUGUGGGUAAUUUUGACCGAGCCUCCGCAGACUUUGAUCAAGCAAUGUGGACUUGAUGGAUAUUUCUUUUUGCGCUACCUAUGGAUCAUGGGAUGUUGCUUCACUGGUGGUAUUCUCACAUGGAUUGUGUUACUUCCAGUCAACGCUACCAAUGGCAACCACAAGAAAGGUUUCGAUCAAUUGUCGAUUUCCAAUGUUAACCAAGGAAGCCGAUAUUACGCUCAUGUAUUGAUAUCGUGGAUAUUUUACGGAUUGGUAAUCUUCACUCUCGAGCGUGAGCUUUACUACUACAACUCAUUACGGACAGCUGCCUUAGCUCUGCCUCAUUAUGCUGCCAAGCGUUCGUCCCGUACUGUUUUAUUUCGAUUCGUUCCUGACGAAAUGUUGGAUACUAAACUGAUGUACAAACUAUUUGAUGGUAUCAAACGUAUCUACAUCAGUCGAACGACGCGAAAGCUUGAUUCGUUAAUCAUAAAGCGACAAAAUAUGGUGAUGGCUUUGGAGAGGGCAGAGAAUAAGCUUCUCAAGCUAGCCAUGAAGCAAAAAUUAAAGGCUGAAAAGAAGGGCGAGACCAUAACUCCUGUUGAUGAUAUUAGUGCCUACGUUCCCGAGAAAAAGCGCCCUCGUAUUAACAUUGGUGGUAAAAUCUUCAAGCGACACAAGGUUGAUGCCAUUACUCAUUACAUUGAAGAGAUUCCAAAACUCAACAAAGAAAUUGCCCACUUGCAACGCAACUACCACAAAAAGCGUCCUAAGAACUCUUUGAUCGUUGAAUUUGAAACUCAGGAGUAUGCUCAAUUGGCUUAUCAACUGGUAAUAUCGCAUACUCCUGGGCAAUUCGUCGGGGCUGAGAUCGGCUUUGAGCCAGGCGAAGUGGUGUGGAAUAACUUGCGUAUAUUUUCCUUUGAGCAAUCAGCUAGAACUAUUCUUGCAUCGGCUGCGAUGAUCGCCCUUAUCGUUCUCUGGGCGAUCCCAACAGGGUUUGUGGGUUCAAUUGCUAGUAUUGACACACUCCUGAAGACUUUCAAGUGGCUUUCAUUUAUCAAGAGGUUGCCUGGCUGGUUGCAAGGGGUUGUAUCUGGUUUGUUACCUACCUUUUUGUUGGCGAUCUUGAUGUUCAUGCUCCCAAUCUUCAUUCGAACUGCAGCUCAAGUACGGGGCGCCACAACCAAGCAACGAAUUGAAGAUUUCACCCAAAAAGUAUACAUGGUGUUUCAGGUCGUCAACGGUUUCCUUGUGGCUGCACUCAUGUCGUCUGUGACAGCAGCAGUAAAGAAAAUCAUUGAUCACCCUGAGGAAGCUAUGCAUAUGUUAGCAGCGCAAUUGCCGUUAUCGUCCAACUUUUACAUCUCCUAUCUCGCCUUGAAUGCUUUCACAAUUGCUGGCGGUACGUUAUUUCAAAUUGUGAACUUGAUCUUGUUUUAUGUCCUAGGGUCGACACUUGAUAAGACGGUUAGGCAAAAGUGGACGCGGUAUGUGUCACUCGAUUCGAUGGCGUGGGGUACUACUUUUCCAACAUAUACGUUAUUGGUGGUGAUCACCCUUACGUACGCCAUUAUAUCUCCAAUCAUCCUCAUAUUUGGGGCUUUCACGAUGUUCAUGGUGUACAUUGCGUAUUGUCACAACUUAGUGUAUUGCCUUGGAUUUGCUCCAGAUGGAAGAGGCAUGUAUUAUCGUAAUGCUGUAUCUGAGACCAUGAUUGGAAUCUAUCUUGGGCAAAUUUGCAUACUUGGUAUAGCUGUAUUCGGUAAAGGUUGGGGAGCCAUUGUUCUAGCUGUGAUUGGGCUAGUUGUGACCAUUCUUUGGCAUUUGCAUUUGAACAAAACUUACCAUCACCAAUUAAAGUAUGUGUCCAUGGACGCUAUGAGACCACUCGAUGGCAUUACUGACACUCCAUCAGCGAAGGGUCCCACUGAAUAUGUUGCGAAAGUCGUCAACAAAUCUCGAGGGCAUGCUUCGAAAACGAAUUUGUUACUAGAACAUCAGGAAAACAAAGACCUCAAGCAGGAACUUCAAGAAGACGUGGGAAAUCAAGCCACUCAGAUCGUUCCGUUGUUGGCUGAUAGAGAUUUCAAAGAGAUUGGCUUCUAUAAUCCUCUUGUAAGGUAUUUCCGAUUUGACAUAUUUGCUAACUUCCGACACGCGAAAACUGAUUUGCCGCCAGAUUAUUACGACGACCCCGCACCCGAAGCUGACGAUAGGCACGCCUACGACAGUCCCCUGGCUCUGGCAAAAUGUCCUGGUGUAUGGAUUCCUCGUGAUCCUAUGGGUCUAUCAGACAUCGAGGUUGCACGUCUUGCCACAGCGGUGGAGGCGUCUAACAAAAACGCCGCUUUCAACGAGAAAGGUGAAAUUUAUUUCACUGGCCCAAACCCUUUAUAA